UUCUCGCGGCGACUGGGGAGCGGGCCGGGACCGGCCGGACCAUACCAGACCGGACCCCGGGGGCGAUGCGGCUGCUGCCCCUGCUGCGGACUGUCCUCUGGGCCGCGCUCCUCGGCUCCCCUCUGCGGGGGGGCUCCGGCCUCCGCCACGCCGUCUACUGGAACUCCAGUAACCCCAGGCUGCUUCAGGGAGACGCUGUGGUGGAGCUGGGCCUCAACGAUUAUCUAGACAUCUUCUGCCCACACUAUGAAGGCCCGGGCCCCCCGGAGGGCCCCGAGACAUUUGCUUUAUACAUGGUGGAGUGGUCAGGCUAUGAGGCCUGCCGGGCUGAGGGGCCCGGUGCCUUCAAGCGCUGGGAGUGCUCCCUCCCCUUUGCUCCCUUUGGCCCUGUUCGGUUCUCAGAGAAGAUUCAGCGCUUCACACCCUUCUCCCUCGGCUUCGAGUUCUUGCCUGGAGAGACCUACUACUACAUCUUGGUGCCAACUCCGGAGAGUUCUGGCCGGUGCUUGAGGCUCCAGGUGUCUGUCUGCUGCAAAGAGAGCAAGUCGGAGUCAGCCCAUCCAGUUGGGAGCCCUGGAGAGAGCGGCACGUCGGGAUGGCGAGGGGGGGGUGCUCCCCGCCCCCUCUGUCUCUUGCUGCUGCUGCUGCUGCUGCUCCCAAUUCUGCGGUUCCUGCGAGUUCUCUGAGCCAAGCAGACCCUUCUGCCACCCCCAGGAGCUAAGAGUCCUCCCAAGACUCACUGGAGGAGGAGCCCCUGCAACCUGAGCUGGGAGUUCCAAGCCAGACAAGAUGGGAGAGUGAUGGGGGAGGUGGGGGUCGAGGUGACCCUCACGGGCUGGCCCCUCAUCAGGCUGAAGUGGAGUUGCUGGGGUGCCUGAGCCCCCUGGUGCUGGCGCAAGCAAAUGUAGGGUCUCUGUCAGCUGCUUUGAUGGUCUCAUCUCAUCCGCCGGGAAGACUGGGAUUUGGAGGGAUCAAAUCCUUGAACCUGCUAGGGGCCAAGGCCAAAGACCUGGGGACAGAUUGAUAGCCAGACCAGGGCAAGGAAGAUGCCCGGGCCUGCAGUCUGUGCCUGAUGCCCUGUGGGCCCCUUUCCUUGGGCUGCGACUUUCUCUCCCCAGAGGGUCACUCAUUUGUCUUCUGUGAAGACGGACUUGCCAUGAGGUUGAAUUUCAUACCAGUUUGUAUUUUUGUAAGUGUCUGGACCAAACCCCCAAUAAAUCACCCAUCCUUCUGUUGCUCUC